GGAAGCGCGAAGAGAGGAGAAGGAGAUGGAAGGUUGGGACCCGAAUACGAAGUCGACGCUGACACAAAUCCCAUUGCUGACGACAAAGGCAGGACCUCGAGAUGGAGCGGCAUGGACUCAGAGGCUGAAGGAAGAGUACAAGUCUCUGAUAGCCUAUACGCAGAUGAAUAAGUCUAACGACAACGAUUGGUUUCGGAUCUCCGCCGCAAAUCCCGAAGGAACCCGUUGGACCGGUAAAUGCUGGUACGUCUACAACCUCCUCAAGUACGAAUUUGACCUCCAAUUUGAUAUCCCUAUCACCUACCCUUCCACCGCACCGGAGCUCGAGCUCCCUCAAUUGGAUGGCAAGACCCAGAAGAUGUAUCGGGGAGGAAAGAUAUGUUUGACUGUGCACUUCAAGCCUCUUUGGGCCAAAAACUGCCCUAGAUUUGGUAUAGCACAUGCACUUUGCCUUGGCCUUGCCCCAUGGCUUGCAGCAGAGGUUCCUAUUCUUGUGGAUUCUGGUAUGAUCAAACACAAAGAUGACGCAACCACAUCAACUGAAUCUUAGUUAUUCUAUGUCUCAUUGAAGCUGUAAAACUAGAACUCAAGUUUUGUUGUCACCGGAUUUGUCAAAGGAAAUAAAAUUAGCUGUAUGAUCACAAAUUUACAGGAUCUUCCUUAUUUAGUACAUACUUGUAUCUGCAGAUGUUGAAGACUUGAGAUCCUUACAUUCUCUGGCAAAUUAUUAUGUAUAGCAGAUGCAACAUGGCUAGUGAAUUAGUGACUUUCAUCUAAACUUGACUUACAAUCGAUUAAUCGGUUGAAAAGGGUUCUUUUUUUUAUUGAUA